AUGAAAGAGCUAGAAGAAUUAUGUAAAUACAAAAAUGUUAAAGAAAUAAAAACUAUAAAUAUAAAAAAUGUUGGGAAUUUUAUAAAAAAAAUUGAAUAUGAAGAUUAUGAUAUAAUUGAUGAGGUGCUAAAAAGAAACAAAUUAAUAAAAGAAAAUGAAAAUUUUUUAUAUCAAUUUAAAAAACAGAUUAUUGAUUUAAAAAAAACAUUUUCAUAUUAUAAAAUAAAUCCUAAUGAUACAAUUUAUGUAUUGCCUGAACCACCUCCAUCGCCUUUCUUAAUAUAUUUAUUUCACCAAAUAUCAGGGAAAAUUCAUUGUAUCGAGUUAAAUCAUCUGGAUUCAGUUGAGAUGCUAAAGAAGCAUGUUGAAAAAAAAUUAAAAAUAAAAGAUGAAGAUCAAAUUUUAAUUUAUAAUGAUAAAUGUAUAAACAAUAGAAAAUCUUUACAAGAGGAAUUUUUGACUCGUGAAGUUCUCGUAACUAUUCUUGAUAAGCAUGAUAUACCAGAAAUUGAAGAAGAUGAAAUAUAA